UUUCCGCUGCGCUCUUAUUUCACCCUCAGAUUGAGAAAGACGCGCAGCUCGAGUUCCGACUAUCGUCGACGCGCAGCUACACGGACGAAUAUUAAAACCGACACGUUUUAUUUUAAAGCAACGUUUACGUUUUGGAGUAAACAGUUUUUCUUUCCUUUUUUCAAAGUUACAUUCUGACCGACCGUCGUCGACAGGAAUCACAGGACACGGCAGCGGCGCGAGCACGAGCAACAUACCGGCAAACAAAGAAACCCGUUUUUACGCGAGAUCAACCUUCACUACCCGUUAGUUAUGAGUCAUGUGGCCGUCGAAAAUGUACACGGUCUAGACCAGCAGCUCGCUGCCCUAGACUUGAACUCCGCUGAUGUUCAAGGAGUCACUGGAAGACGUUACAUUCCACCUCAUUUAAGGAACAAAGAAGCUUCCAAAAAUGCAGGAGCUUAUUCCUCUGGUAGACAGAGCGGUUACUCAGUGGCACCAGGAAGGAGCUAUUCUCCUGGAGGAUGGGAUAACGGACGCAGCAAUGGCUUCGUGAAUGGCUACCAUGAUGGCCGUGACACCCGCAUGAAUGGAGGCAACGGUUUUGCUGGCCGCGGCCCCGUGCGCAAUGACCGUGGAGGAAGAGGAGGCUUCAGGGGUAAAACCAGUGGCUCUUACAACCCCAUCCAGCCAAUGCCAAGUGCAGGGUUUGCUUAUGACAACAAAGAUGGAGGUGGGUGGAAUACCCCAAAAGACAAUGCCUACAACAGCUUUGGUGGACGCUCUGACAGGGGUAAAUCAUCUUUCUUCAAUGACCGCGGAUCCUCUUCCAGGGGGAGGUAUGAGCGUGGCGGUUUUGGUGGCGGUGGAAACAGCCGAUGGGUGGAGGACUCCAGGGAUGAUGAAGAUUGGUCCAAACCGUUGCCUCCCAAUGAGCGUCAGGAACAUGAGCUGUUCUCUGCAAGCAACACAGGGAUUAACUUUGAAAAAUAUGACGACAUUCCUGUUGAAGCCACAGGCCACAACUGUCCACAACAUAUUGAGAGUUUCCAUGAUUUAGAGAUGGGAGAGAUCGUUAUGGGUAACAUAGCCCUGAGCCGCUACACACGGCCGACUCCUGUCCAGAAGUACGCUAUUCCCAUCAUCAAGUCUAAGAGAGACCUGAUGGCGUGCGCACAGACAGGUUCUGGUAAAACCGCAGCCUUCCUGUUGCCGGUGCUGAGCCAGAUAUACACUGAGGGACCAGGAGAGGCGCUGCAGGCUGUGAAGAACAGUGCACAGGAAAAUGGGAAAUAUGGCCGCCGUAAGCAGUAUCCCAUUGCUCUGGUUUUAGCCCCAACAAGGGAACUGGCUCUCCAGAUCUACGAUGAGGCCAGGAAGUUUGCUUAUCGCUCUCAUGUGCGGCCCUGUGUGGUGUAUGGAGGCGCUGAUAUUGGUCAGCAGAUUCGUGAACUAGAGAGAGGCUGCCAUCUGCUGGUGGCCACGCCUGGGCGUCUGGUGGACAUGAUGGAGAGGGGCAAGAUUGGCCUGGACUACUGCAAUUACUUGGUGCUGGAUGAAGCCGACAGGAUGUUGGACAUGGGCUUUGAGCCACAGAUUCGCCGUAUUGUCGAGCAGGACACCAUGCCCCCUAAAGGGCUUCGACAGACCAUGAUGUUCAGUGCCACCUUCCCCAAGGAGAUCCAGAUCUUGGCUCGUGACUUCCUGGAGGAGUACAUCUUCCUGGCUGUGGGCAGGGUUGGUUCCACCUCUGAGAACAUCACCCAGAAGGUGGUGUGGGUUGAAGAAAAUGACAAGAGGUCCUUCCUGCUUGACUUGCUCAAUGCCACAGUUAUUCCGAGUGAGGUUCAGGACAAUACGGGGGAGAACGUAGAAAAACCUGGUAAAGAGUCUUUGACUUUGGUGUUUGUUGAGACCAAAAAGGGAGCUGAUGCUCUUGAGGACUUCCUGUACCGCGAAGGCUAUGCCUGCACCAGUAUCCAUGGCGACCGUUCUCAGAGAGACCGUGAGGAAGCCCUCCACCAGUUCCGUUCUGGAAGAUGCCCCAUCUUAGUUGCCACAGCUGUGGCUGCUCGUGGUCUGGACAUCUCCAAUGUAAAGCACGUCAUUAACUUUGACCUGCCCAGUGACAUUGAGGAGUACGUCCACCGCAUUGGGCGUACGGGUCGUGUGGGCAACCUUGGUCUUGCGACAUCAUUCUUCAAUGAUAAGAAUGGUAACAUCACAAAGGACCUGCUGGACAUCUUGGUGGAGGCCAAGCAGGAAGUACCAUCCUGGCUGGAGAGCCUUGCCUAUGAGCACCAGCACAAGAGUAGCACCCGUGGGCGCUCCAAGAGGUUUUCUGGUGGUUUUGGCGCCAGAGACUACCGUCAGACCAGUAGCAGCACUAGCAGCGGAGGCUUCGGAAGUCGCGGUGGCCGUAGCACCGGGGGCCAUGGUGGAAACCGUGGAUUUGGCGGUGGUAAGGGUGGCUUUGGUAACUUCUACAGCAGUGAUGGCUAUGGAGGAAACUAUUCCCAGGUGGACUGGUGGGGAAACUAAGACUCCUUCCUUCACCUCUUCACCCCCCCACCCACUCCCCACGAUUACAGUGGAUCACCAUGCCAAACUCACUGAAUGGAAACCACAUGUACCAUAGCCAGACUAUAUACCCUGUGUAGCUUUGAAGAACUUUGCAGUACAUUACCAGCUGUGAUUCUCUGACCACAUCCGGAGAGGCUUUAACUCCAUGGGAUGCGGGGAUGCCAGGACAACUGAAGGUUUGACCGUAGCAGGAAGCAGUCUCGCGAUGUGCUCGACCAUACUGAAGGGGGGAAUGGAGGCAGAAGUUUGCUUUAGAUUCUUGGACUCUAGUUUUCCACUACAUCUCAUUUCUUUAUACUAAAUGAGAAUCAUUUGUUUGUUAAUGUACUGUGCCUUUAAAUUUAUAAUCGCUGUGUUUUGUUUUUUUUCCUUUUUAAAUGUCUGGCUGACAAUUGUUUCCCCUUUUUUUUUUUUUUUUUUUUUUUUUUUCCCCCAAAUGACUUUUUGUUUUGGAUGGUAUAACAAAAUAAGCUUGGAUGUAAUCAAACCUUGGCAAACUCUGGGAUGGUCUGUCACAACCUCAUUUUGAACUGAAAUUUCUAAUGGGGUCACCAGUGCUGGUGUCACAGAGGCCUGACCCCCUCCAACCCCCCCCCCCCCCCCCCCCCCCCCCAAUUGGCUUGUUACCCUCUUGUGUGGUAAAACCGUAUCGCAAGGGAAUUAAAAUAUUGAAUGUUGGAAGGAAAAGAUCUUGCUCACUCUAUCCUGGAGAGGUAUCUAUUAGAGACAGUAGUCUUCUGAGAAAAGAAACCAAGCCAUUCCAGUAUAUUCUCUUAAAUUUCAUUGUUGUGAUGAACCAUGUCUGCCUCCCGCCACUCCGCUGUGUAACUCUACCAUUGAGGCAGCUAGUUCGGUACCACACGCUGGCUGUUUAGUGGUGUUGGAUUACAUUUUUUUUCUUUUUUUUUUUUUUUUUUUUUUUUUCUUGAAUAUUAUGGAGGUAGCGAUUGGAUUAAUUUUGUUUUCUUCCUUCAAAAACCAUUCUUGAAGUUGAUAAUGGUAGGCUUGUGGCAACUUCCAUAGUGAAAGUUCAAAUGGCUACUCUAGGACCACGAUGUCAGAGCGGACUGGCCCUGAAAGCCCAGCUCGUCUCUGAAGAAAUCCGCAUGCUAGUGUUCUUGUUUUUUGGUCAAGGAGAUUUUCAAAUCGAUUUCUGCAGCAGGCUUUUACGUUCGUUACAAGUAACAUUUGUUCAUUUUCUUUUCUUUCUUUUUUUUUUUUUUCUCUCUUUUUCAAGCUGCGUUGAAUUCCGAAAGACAUCCUCGGCUUUACACGGCUCCCUCGUAUCCCCCAGGUUUUAGCGAGGACUACUGGGGUCAGUAGAAUUCAGCGUACACGACGGGAAACUGCACCAUACGAGCUGCAGGGGUGUGGUUUUAGUGUAGAACCAGACUCUUAUUGGUUGGUUUGUAGUGGAGGUUUCCGUGGCAUCCCUGGCCAAAGGCAGGUUUCUUUCAAAUUUCCAUGCAUCCUUUAUCGCACGUUAUUGCAGCUGCGCUCGGCGGGCGAGCCGGCGGCGUGCCUGUCUGAUGAGGGUGAGUGGGAUGCGUUUAACUGAAGUGCAAUAGAUUUACUCAAGCGUGUUGUGCCUUUCGACAUGAAUUUGAAAAAGGUGACCUGAAGCAGAUGCAUUGACAGUAUUGUGGUAACUUGAUAGCAGUGGUGCUAUUUUUGGCCCUUCUGUGUUACGCCCAUCAAGUUUUACAAAAGUUGUUUUAUUGCACAUCUAGGGUUUUAUAUAAAUGUCUUGAGUGCGUGUCCUUAAGCUUCCAAAUAUUGUGUGUGAAGAUUGUGAAAACGCAGCUUGUUUACAAAAGGGGAAGGGUUCUCCAAUAGUUAACCAGGACUGAUUUGGGACCAGGGGGAUUAGCAGUGGGGAAUUUAGCUAUUUGCACAGAUUACUAGAUUCUACUUUUGCUGCUAGUUUGUGUAAUUUAUUAAGCAUUUUUGAGAAAUAUUUAUUUUUAUAAGCCUAAAAGUGAUAGUUUCAAGUAACUUGACCAAAAGACAGUACAAAAACACUGGCACUUGAAUGUUGAAUGUCACCCGUAUGCGUGAAAUUUAUAUUUUUCGGGGUAGUGUGAGCUUUUUAAUGUUUAAGGUCAUUUUGGACUCCGCCAAAAUUCGCAUCUGUAAUUGUCUCGCUGACUAAACGUUUCAAUCCGAUCAAUCGAACUCUGAAUUGGCAGCCACAAUUUGAAUGCUAAACAACCAUGCCAAGGUUUGGAAAAAGUUACAGAAAUAUUUUUGUAAAUGUGUAUCAGUGCAAAGUGUUCAGAUUCUCCAGUUGUUUUGUUUGUUGUUUUUCCGGUAUUUAUUUUUUUUUUAUUUGUGUCUUUACCCCCAGUGAAUGUCUGGCACACGGCAAUCUUAAGUAACAAAAACAUGUGGUUAUUCUCUAUUGUUGCAUUUGCAUAUUGGGCUAUGGCGGUGGUGUUCUCUGACAGGUUUGGCUGAAAAUUCAGUCUUAAUUACAGAAGCAGUCAAGGUGAAGUGUUGAAAGCAUGAAAUGAAAGGCUUUUAAUUUACCAAAUCAUGUGAAAGAACAUCACCGGAGCCCUUAGAGUUAGAGUAUUUGCUUUAUGUACUAGUUUAGAGGCUGUGCACUGCACGAAAAAUGAGAUGUGUGUUUAUCGUAUGAUUUUACCAAAUUAAAGUUGGCAAUUGCAAAUACAGAAA